GUAUAUUCCUGUAGUUAAUCUGAAAAUACGUGUUGAACGUGUUGCGCUCGUUAUUUUGAUAGUCUCGGUAAGAAAAGAAAAACAGCGAUUUUAUUCAAAAUAUUUAAAAAUGUGAGCUACCAUUUGAGUUUUCCUUGUGAGGAUCUUCAAAUUUGAGGCGAGUAUAAGGAAAUACUUGUAACCUUUACAGUGACGUUCGAAUGUCAUCACGAAUUCCUGCUAAAGGCUUAAAGUUCGUUUACAUAAUAUUCCGUGUAGGUAAUUAGGAAACAAUAAAGAGGUGCUAUCGGGCGGCUGUGGAAAAGCGUGGGCCACUUCAUAGAAAAAAGACAAAAAGAGGAAAAUCUCGUGCGGUCAUUGUAGACAUUUAACGUAGACGUUUGCUCGCUACCGUUGAACAGUUUUGCCUUCUAGAUCACGUUUUUAACGGUACAGCCUCGUUGAAUCAUAGUACCUGUGGGCUUCCUGAGGUUUUAGCCCUAAUUUGGACAUAAUCUCUCGCGUUAUCGAGUCCUAGUGGGAAAGUUAACCACAAGACAGCUCUGGGAUAGCCUAACAGGUUAUCAGGAAUAGCCUAACAAUUUAUCAGCGUUUAGACGGCUAAGCGCAGCGAAUUGGAAGCAUAUAUGUGAAGGCUAACGACAUUGGUGAUGUACAUCGCAGCAGUCUACGUCGCGAUCUGCGUCUUUCUUAUGGGCUGCAUAUCAGCGAACUGCUCAAGUUGGCCAGAGGACCAGAGAAAGGAUGAGGGUAACCCUAUCGCCAACGCCCAUAACCUCUCCGUGUUCAUUAAUGACGCCUUAGCAUCGUAUGAUCGGAAGGUCCGUCCAAAUUACGGCGGUCUACCAGUGAUGGUCCUGAUAGAGUUCAAGGUCAUCUCAUUCGGCGAGAUCCAAGAGGCAAACAUGGAAUACUCAUUUGACAUCUUCUUGAGGCAAUGGUGGUACGAUCCACGAUUCAAGAGCAACUUCACAGAGCCGUUCACCAUGGCCGCUGACCCGACCAAGAUGUUCUGGACUCCCGAUACUUACUUCUGGAAUGUUAAACGCUCCAAGUACCAUCACGUGACUCGUGAGAACAUGCGUGUCAUGAUUUGGCCGGACGGCAAGAUCUACUUCAGUACUAGGAUAACGCUUACCGCACAGUGCGAUAUGGACCUUCGUCUUUACCCGAUGGACACCCAGCACUGUCCUCUGAUCAUAGAGAGCUACGCGUACACUAAGAAUGAUCUAGACUACAAGUGGAACUCUCAGGGAAUCGAAAUCGUGUCGUCGGAGAUGGCUCAGUUCGAUCUCAUCAAAGUACACACCACUUCAAAAAAACAAGAAAAUAGCAAAGGGUCGUUCGCUAGCUUGAUGGCGAUAUUCUCGUUCAGGCGUCGCACGGAGAGUUUCGUGUCGUCCAUCUACGUGCCAUCAGUGGUCCUCGUGGUGUUGUCCUGGUGCUGUUUCUUCAUCAACCCUGACGCUGUGCCUGCUCGGGUGGGUCUCAGCAUCACCACCAUUCUCACAUCCAUCCUGCUGCAAGGCUCCGUCAACAGCAAUAUGCCCAAGGUCAGCUACAUGAAGGCCGUCGACUACUUCCUGUUGACCUCAUUCGGGUUCAUUUUUGCCGCGCUCCUUGAGUACAUCAUGGUGUUGAAUACUGACGCUAACCUUGGCUACACGCGCUGUAAGAUGCUAAGGCACAAGGAGCAGGCGGAUCUAGCGAUGGAGGAUGAAUACGCUGCUGAUGUAGACAUCGUUGUCAAAGUAAUGGACGAAGGCGUCUGUCGCAUCAGAAACAAGAAAGGCAGUAUCAAGGUUCAGGCAGAGGCGACAAAGGUGUCGUGUCGUUCAAAUCGGCUAAUACGAAGGGAUCACUGGAUUGAUAGAGUAUCAAGAAUUAUUUUCCCGAGUGCGUAUGUCAUAUUUAUCAUUUGCUACACGGCCUAUUACGUUAAUAAGAGAGACAACAGCGGUUAAGAGGAUCCAAAUAUUUGAACUAUUUAAACAUAAUGUAUCACAAAAAGGCACAUCGGCUAGAAAAGAGAAAUUAUUCUAUUCACUAUGGUAUCUGUGGUACAAACAUAGUACUACAGAUAGAAGAUUCUAGGUGUGGGACUUCAUCCAAAGAGCAGGUAAAUUAGGAAGCUAUCACAUUCACUGCCUGGGGAAGAUAUGCUUUAGAAAGGAUUCCCAUAAGAUGAUGUAAACAUGAGCAGAAAAUUCCAUUUUUAUCGAUUUAUCGUGCUCUAGCAGCGUAGUGUUAGUUUUGUUCACUCAAAGUUCGUAUUGACUGUUUGCGGACUGUUAAAUAUUGAUUCACCUGAAACAAAUCACAAAAUUCUUUAAAGACUAAUAAUAUUUCUUUUUACUUUUCCUAUACUGGCGCAAAUUCUACAAGAGAUCUUUGUCUCAACCGUGUCCGUUGUAGUAGCAUACUAUUGUAUAAUAAUUCUGACGAUAAAAUUCCAUAUGGGGAUUUGGGGAUUUUCCGGGAAAAAGUGCCCCAUAAGAUGAUGGUUCAUAAAAUAAUCUGCUAAUCGUUUGGCCGGUGUGAAAACCAUGUCUAGGCAUUUGUAAGAAGGGGAGGCUUGGGAUGUGGGAUGUUUAGUACAGUUUUAUCUUCCUAGAUACACCUGUACUCAUAUCUUCCUGUAAAUAAAUAAAAAUGUUUCACAAUGAAAAUAUAAAUAGCAAGCACUUCUUAAAUACUGGCAGAUCUAAAGUUUAUCAUAACACACCUUAAUUAAAGUCACCAUUAAUAAACAAAGAGGAAUAUA